GUCCAUUGUAUUACAUAUGUGUGGCUAUAUAAACUCAAGAACAACCACUUUCUGAUCCAUCUCAACUUUCCAAUCUCAAACUCAAAUUCAAGCUACAUCUGAAUCAACUCAACUCUCCAAAUCUUUUGACAACUCCGCUGCCAGGUAAGGUCGUCCCUUCUUGGGCCUACAUUUUGACUUAUAUUCGAGAUCCAGUUCAUCAAACUUCGAACGUUCUGACCAAUCUCAAACCACUCGUCGUCAACUCCCUCCAAGUAAGCUGCGAUAUAUUGACUAAGGAGGAAGGAGGAACACGCUAACAUUCCUAAUAGACAAAAUGGGUGUCAUCACAGUAGUCAACAACUCCACAUCUGACAUUUAUGUCAGUGUCACUUACGAUGGCAACGACUUUCAAAAGGGAGGAAGCGAGCUUUGGACCCUUCUUAAAGCCAAUGGAGGAAAGGAUACCUGGGGUUACAGGAACGAUAACCAAAUAGCGAGAGUCGUCAGAAGCCAGAAUGCUGGGGCACCGGUCGAGUCUUACCUUGCUGUGCAGGACAAAACUUUGUACAUCAAUUAAUCGUAGGUUACUGGUGGCUGCUUUAAGCUUUUGCGGAGGAAGAAAAGCUCACUACUGCCACACCUACGAUUAGCUGGAAUGGUUUAUCACAGUUGCUAGCUAUAUAACAAAUUGGAAACAAUAUAGUAUGAUGACUACACAGUUGUCCUUGUCAAAGAUUGUAGAGAGUGAAUAGUAUGAUUGAACAGCAC